UAUUUUGUGUUUAUAUAGUGAACGGAAAAUAAUAAUAAACAGUCUUAAAAUACAUUAAACAACAAUAGAAUUUGCAUUUAUUGGUAAUUAAAGCUGAUUAACCUUCAACAGCUAUUAUUUCAUUUUCUUUUAUGAAAUUACCAUUCAUCCAUUUUUUACAAUAUGUCCAGUAAAACAAACUCUAUUGAUGCCAGACAAGAACUUGCAGACUUGGUGAAACGAAAAGCAGAAAUCGGGGAAACCCUUGCUAAUCUAGAAAGACAAAUAUAUGCCUUUGAGGGUUCUUACCUAGAAGAUACCCAGCUCCAUGGCAAUAUUAUCCGAGGCUGGGAUAGAUAUCUUUCUAGUAACAAAACUACUAACGCUAAAGCUGAUAAAAGAAAUCGUAAAUUUAAGGAGGCCGAACGAUUGUUUUCGAAGAGUUCAAUAACAUCUAUGGCGGCUGUUAGUGGCAUAGCAGAUCAAAGCCAAGAGAAAAUUGAACAAAAUUCUGACGAAGAUUCACAAAUUAAUGAAGAUUCAAGUGACACCAACAUGCCUAUGUCUAACCAUAUCGAUUCAGACAUAAAAUCACCGGGAAAACAGACUACAAACACAAGUUUUUCCACUAAUGGGGCAGUAAACGGUAUUGACAGGGCUAGUCCCACAAGGGAAAUCGCCAAUAAACAACGAAGUUUUAACACUAAUGCAAAGAAAACUGUUAAAAGGGUCAGACAAAGGUAAAAUCUAUUGUUUAAGAUUGCUUGUGUAUUAGGUUAAAGCAUAAAUAUUUAUUGUGAAAUUAAGAAUAAAGUUUAUAUAAAUCUUGAAAAUAUUUAUUAUGAUCACUAUUUGUGGAGUCUGUUGUAUAAUAUAUUUGUCAGAUCUGAUUUCAGUACUUAUAAACAUGUAGAGAAUAAAGACUUUUCACUGUCUGGUAACUUUGAAUGUGCUGCUGCUCUUCUCCAGGCUGUAAAUAGUGUUAAAUUUUAGUUUUUUGUAUAUAUCGUGCUCCUAGCUCUGAUUUUAAAACUUUUAGUGAAUACCUUGAGAAAUUGUUAAAGCUUUUAUAUAAACCUAAUAAUGUGUUUUUGUGGUGAUUUUAACUAUGAUUUUAUUUCCAGAUGUAAAGAAGCAGUACAUAUUGUGGACGCAUUUAGCUCAUAUGGUCUUAAACUAGUUUUUUCUGAACCUUCUAGAACUCAGGCAUCAUCCUGUACCUUGAUUGAUAAUAUAUUCACUAACGCUGCACUGUUUUCAACUGAAACCUUUGAAGUAGCGUUUUCUGAUCAUUGUGCUCAGAUACUGAGUUUUGACUUGGGAAACCCGAUUCACGAUUUAAGCAAAUUUUCUAUGAGUUCUAGAUCCUUUUCUGAUGAAAACAUACGCUAUUUUAACAACUUGUUGCCCAAAGAACAUUGGCUGUCAGUUAUUGAGACUCUGGAUUUUGAAAGUAAAUUUUCUUACUUCUUUGACACGUUUUCCAGUUUAUUUAAUAUGAGCUUUCCUUAUGUAAACAAAUCGAAGCCAUAUCAGACAGAAUCCACUGAUGAGACAGAAAGUCUCAUCAGUGGAUAACACCAUUGAUAAUUAAUGAGGGCAAGCAAUUGAGGCUACUUCAUACUCAACUAAAGACCGUUCAUGACCAUGAGUUACUCACAUCCUAUAGAAGGAGAUUGAGGGUAGAUAGAGAAAAUAUCGUAAAUGCCUUUUUCCUCCAGGAAAAAGUCAUUCGGUGUAGACGAGGUACCUUGUUACUUAUUGCUAGCAUGUGCUGAGCAUAUUAUCUCUCCACUUACCUAUCUUCUAAAUUUAUCAUUUCGGUUUGGCUAUUUUCCUAAAGAGCUAAAAUCAGCUGUUGUCAUACCUCUUCAUAAAAAGGGGGAGACAGCAGAAGUGAGUUUGAAAAAUCUUUUAAAAGAAGACUUGAACAAGACAAGAACCCAGGCUGUUAGAUUGACAGUUAGUGGUCAGGUGACCAUAUCUAAUUGGGCAACUGUCGUCACUGGGGUUCCACAGGGUAGUGUUCUUGGGCCCAUUUUAUUUUUACUUUUUAUUAAUGACUUGCCUCUCCUGGUUAAUGAGAGCUACAUAACACUUUUUGCCGACGAUACAUCAGCAGUUGUCUCGGGUACUGACUAUCAGUCUAUCCACUCAAAAGCCACCAAGUGUAUAGCUGAUAUUGCGGGGUGGUGCCAGAAAAAUGGUCUUUGUUUGAAAACCAAUUUCAUUGUUUUCACUCCGAUUCGAGCUAUUCAGGACCGGAGCUUACUCCUUAAAGAGCAGUCAUCAAGUAGCCUCAUCCAACAACACUCCACCAAGUUCUUGGGAAUUGUAAUUGAUAGACAUCUAUCGUGGGAUCCUCAGGUGGAAUCUGUGUGCAAUAGAUUGUCCCGCAGCAAUUAUGCCAUCUUGCAACUUCAAGACUAUGUGGAUGCAUAUACACUCAAAAGCAUUUAUUAUGCCUCAGUGCAUUCCACUCUAUCCUAUGCCUUAUUAGCUUGGGGUAAUUCCUCCAGUAUUGGCAGAGUGCUAAUAAAUCAAAAGCGCAUUGUACGUACGAUGUUUAGACUUUCCUUCAGAGAAACUUGCCGUGGUACUUUUAAAAAAGAAAAAGUCCUAACUAUAAUUAACAUCUAUAUCUUGGAGUGCGCAUGUCAAGUACAUAAAAAUCUUUUAAACUACAUGAGAUAUUAAUUUUUAUGAAACUCGAAAUGCAGAUAAAUUAUACAUCCCUUUUACCCGGUUGUCGCAGGUACAGGAUGGUCCGGAAAUUACAUCUCUUAAAAUUUUUAAUCAUCUCCCAUGUAGAAUAAAGAGACCUAAGACUUUUCCAUCUAUUAAGAGGGCUCUUAGGACCAUGUUAGCUGACUGUCCCUUUUUAUUCGUUGACAGAGUUCUUUAACUGUAGGUUUAUUGACUAAAUUAAGUUAAAUUUGUUUCCGUUCAUAUCUUUGUAAUUUUAUACUAUUUUUAUUAGCAUUGUAGUUUUUUAUUGACAAUUCCUAUACAUUGUUAUGAUGUCGAUGGAAAUAAAUGAUUUGAUUUGAUAAUUUGCUACCUAUCAGAUAGUGUAAAUAUGGUCAUAGUAUAACAUAGAAAUGAUUGUUCUUGUAGUACUAACAAGCAGAUUCCAUUACAAAAUUCAUUAAUAAACAUUUGAUAUCUGAGGAAUUUUUGGUUUGCACUUAUAAAUAUUAUAUAUAUUCCAUAUA